GCGGGGCCUGCGUCCCGUGGCGCGACUCUGGAUUGCUGCGCUGAUCGCGCUCUGGCUACCCUGGUCGGCCGGUGCGCUAAGGGAGGCCGCCUGCUUGGGUCAUGGAUUUUGAGAAUCUUUUCUCAAAACCCCCCAACCCCGCCCUCGGCAAAAAACCGGCCCCGGACGCUGAGGAAAGAAUCGAUGAUGAAAUAGAUGAUUCAGAAGUUGAAGAAACACAAGAAGAGAAAAUAAAAUGGGAAGUAAAACUGGAGUGUGAGCAAAUUCCCAAAAAAUUUAGGCAUUCUGGAAACUCCACAGCAUCACCAAAGGUUUUGCUCCGCAGAAAAUCAAGAAGUAAAGACUAUGAUUCCUACAGUGAUAAUGAUGUGUGCAGCCUGGAAACAGAGGACAAUUUUGCCAAAGAGCUUCAGCAGUACAUAAAAGCUAAAGAGAUGGCAAAUGCUGCUCAGCCCCUACCAUUUUCUGAAGAAUCUACAAAGAAAGAAGGAGCAAAAGAUAGCCGGCAGGCUACUAAACCAAAAAAUAAAAACCUUAAAGCUGGUCACAAGCAUGGUAAACAGAAGAAAAUGAAACGAAAGUGGCCUGGGCCUGGAAACAAAGGACCAAAUGCCUUACCGAGGAAUAGUGGCUCACAGAAAGAGGAAGAUAAACCUAAAGAGAAGCAGCAGCAUGUAAGAAUGAGUCAGGGAUUCAUCAACCAACAUACAGUGGAACGCCAGGGAAAACAAAUCUGCAAAUAUUUUCUUGAAAGGAAAUGUAUUAAGGGAGACCAGUGUAAAUUUAAUCAUGAUGCAGAGAUAGAGAAGAAGAAAGAAAUGUGUAAGUUUUAUGUACAGGGUUAUUGUACCAGAGGAGAAAACUGUCUAUAUUUGCAUAAUGAAUAUCCUUGCAAGUUUUACCAUACAGGAACAAAAUGUUAUCAGGGAGAACAUUGCAAGUUUUCUCAUGCUCCACUUACUGCUGAAACACAGGAACUGUUGGCUAAAGUUUUGGAUAGUGAAAAGAAGUCAUGCAAAUAAAAUAGACAUAAAAAGCUUGUAUAAAUGAAGAGUGCUCCUGCCUGUGCCUGUUGGACUGGUGAUCUGGGGUAGUUUACAGGAUUCCUCACGCAGAGCGCCCUCUGGUGUCAUUGUGAUGGUGUUCAGUUUCUUUAAUGGGUGGCGCGGAGGACGGAAUCUCAGGCACCAGUGGAGGGGUUGGUCUCCACAGGAUGUCCCAGCUGUUGGCACAGCAGAGGAGCAUGCGUAGCAAACAUGGUAACUGGUGGGCGACUGUUGUGACUCACCGCAGAAGUCUUCUAAUGGAGAUGUCUCAAUACAGUGGGAAGCAAAGUUAGUCUAUCUGAGGAUGGGUAAAGAAUUGCAGGAGGUUUGAGGAUAAAAAAUUGUUAGGAACACAUUGAGAUAACACAAAAAUAGUUCUCUGUGUCACCAAAUACUUUGCAAUGUACACUUAAUGACCAUUCAGUUCCAUUUUAAAUAAAGUAUGAUUUUAUGAUUUUUUAAA